CCGGCGGGGCAGAGCGCGGGGCGGCGGAGGAGCCGCGGGUGCGCAGCGGGAGCGGAGCGAGCGGCACCGGGCGGUACCGGCACGGCGGGGACUCGGUACCCGCACCGCGGGGCACGGCGGGGACACGGGCGGCGGUGACGGGCGAGCUGUCGGAAACGCGCGUUGUGUGCCAGGCUGCCCCAAUGCCAGCCCCCACCCUGCAGCCCGGCCGGCUCCGUGAGUAACCAACCCUCGCUGGGAGCUGCUGUUGGUGCGAGUAACAGGAACUGUGCUGGCCUCGUGCUGCUGGGGAAGGAGGAGGAGGAGGAGGAGGAGGGCGGCAGUGACACUCGCAGCCUGCUGGAAGCGCUGGCUGUGCUGGCAGAAAGCCGCAGGAGCCUUCGGAGGGGAAUCCUGCAGAGGGACGGUGCCGCUGGCAAAGCCCUGGCAGCCAGAAGAGCCUGAGUGGGAUCAUGUCUGAAAGCCAAUCCUCUCCUUCAGUGUUCCUUUAAGUUUCUACAUCCCUUACUUCGUCUGUUUUUCCCUCUGCCCCGUCACAUCUGCUGGAAAAGAGCUGGGAGGAGAUGCACUAAGGCAUCACAGAUCUGGGGAGGAGAGCUGGGAUCGUGCACAGGGCGCUGGAAAGGAGCAGAGCCAGGGGGAACUGAGCCAUUCGCAGCUGCUGCCGUGUCCCCUGUGCUCCGCGUCCCUGCUUGAUGGGGAUCGCUGCCGCAGCAGCAGGCUCCGCACUCCCGGGCGGGCGAGCAGCGCUGGCACAGCUCCCUCCUGGAUGCUGGCAAGGCCGUGUGGAUAAGCUGCUGGCAGAAGAUCCCUCCUGGAGCAGCUGCUGGCUGUAGGCCCAGCGAGCCAAGGGUCGGGAGAGCGUGUCCUGCAGCAUGACAUCCACGCUGGAGCCCAAGGAUCCCCCCCAGGCCAACGGGGACUGCGGGCAGCCCGCGGGGCCCGAGCAUUUCCUGCGGCCCGAGGGCACCGCCGUGGACCUGGUGGUGCUGGAGUCCCGAGCCAACGCCAAAGGGGUGAGGGAGGAGGAUGCUCUGCUGGAGAACGGCAGCCAGAGCAACGAGAGCGAUGACACCAGCACGGAGCGGGGGCCUGAGCCCCCCUCGCCCCUCAAGGAGACCUCGUUUUCCAUCGGGCUGCAGGUGCUGUUCCCCUUCCUGCUGGCUGGAUUUGGCACGGUGGCUGCUGGGAUGGUGCUGGACAUUGUGCAGCACUGGGACGUCUUCAAGCAGGUCACCGAGGUGUUCAUCUUGGUUCCUGCUCUGCUGGGGCUGAAGGGGAACCUGGAGAUGACGCUGGCAUCGCGCCUGUCCACAGCUGCUAAUAUUGGCCAAAUGGAUUCGCACAAAGAGCUCUGGAAGAUGGUUACAGGGAACAUGGCUCUGAUCCAGGUCCAGGCCACCGUGGUUGGCUUCCUGGCCUCGAUUGCAGCCGUGGUGUUUGGGUGGAUCCCAGAUGGGCACUUCAGCAUGGACCACGCUGUCCUGCUGUGUGCCAGCAGCGUGGCCACUGCCUUCAUCGCUUCCCUGGUCCUGGGCAUGAUUAUGAUCGGGGUGAUCAUUGGCUCCAAGAAGAUGGGGAUCAACCCUGACAACGUGGCCACGCCGAUCGCUGCCAGCCUGGGGGACCUCAUCACCCUGGCCCUGCUCUCAGGGAUCAGCUGGGGGCUCUACAAGGAGCUGGAGAGCAGAGCCUACGUGAACCCCUUGGUGUGCGCCUUCUUCCUGUCGCUGCUGCCCAUCUGGAUCAUCAUUGCCAGGAGGAAUUCUGCCACCAGGGAGGUGCUGUACUCGGGCUGGGAGCCCGUCAUCAUCGCCAUGGCCAUCAGCAGUGUCGGGGGGCUCAUUCUGGACAGGACGGUGUCGGACCCCAACUUUGCUGGCAUGGCAGUGUUCACCCCGGUCAUCAAUGGUGUGGGUGGCAACCUGGUGGCAGUGCAGGCCAGCCGCAUCUCCACCUACCUGCACAUGAGCGGGGAGCCUGGAGAAGGCCCUGGCACUGCCCCUCGCAAGUGCCCCAGCCCCUGCAGCACCUUCUGCAGCUCAGACGUGAACUCCCGCUCUGCCCGCGUGCUGUUCCUGCUGGUGGUGCCCGGGCACCUGGUGUUCCUCUACACCAUCCACUCCAUGCAGGGCGGGCACACCACGCUCACCCUCAUCUUCAUCGUCUUCUACAUGACAGCAGCGCUGCUCCAGGUGAGCUGGGAGCCUCAGGGACACGGGUGGCACCUGCCCAGGUGUGCCUGUCCCUGCCCAGAGAUCCUGUGCUGGGCAGAGGGAUCCCUCAGGAAUUCCUUCAUGGGCACCUGAGCACACAAUUCUUCCAUCCUGCCAUUCCUGGGGAAUUUAAAAUCUGCCUUUUGUCUUUUUUUUUA